UCCCCUGCCCCGGCGCCCAGCUUCAUAAGUGGCGUCAAGGAGGCGUUCGGCGUCAGCCCCUGCGCCUUGGGGCUCUCGAGCGCCGCCCACGCCUGCCUGGGCGCGCAGGACAUCUGGGGAGCUCCUGUACCCUUCGGGCUGUCCGUGACGGCAGCCGGCCUGGCCUUCGCGUUGGGCGCACUGCUGGUGCUGGCGGCGCAGGCCUUGUGUUGCUCUUGCUACGUGACCUGCAGGACCGACAAGAUGCGCGCGGCUCCGAGAAAGCGAAGGUCAUUGGUGGGGCUGAAGCCCGGGGACGUGGUUUUCGUCAACUACGGGGUGGACGAGGAACCCUGGCAUGAACGCCUGAUCCUCGCGGUCGUAGACCACUGCUGUUACAUCAUCUUGACCCCAGAUGGGGACAUCUACGCGGAGACCAUCAGCCUGGAGUACCUCCAGGACUUCAGGGAGGGGGGCCCCCGAGGGGGGCUUCCCCCUGGGCUGGGCGCGGCGCGCGGCCAGCCCGUGUACCGCUUCUCGUCGAGGCCGGUCGGGCAGGAGCUGCAGGACUUGUUCGAGGAGGGCCGCGCCAAGGCGGCCGAGGAGAGGCGCACGAUGGGCAUUCUGGAGGACGAGCCGGAGCCGCCACCAGCGUCGGUGGGAGCCGGCGCGAGCGGGGCUCCCCCCCUGCCUCCCUUGGCGGGUUCGCCUCCUGCUGGGUCAAGCUCGGAGCUCUUCAAGUGGGUGUGUGUGGCGCGGUCGGCACAGGUGAGUGUUGGCAACGCCUUCAUGCUUGCGGCGCAGCACCGCACACCAUCGGACAGCUUCGUGAGCUGCGGCUCGGUGGGCCUGUAUGACAUGGGCCUGCGAGGUGAUCCCGCGGUGGUCUACCGCGUGGAAGUGGGGGAGCAGGAGGUUGAGAUGAUCGAGCACUUCAGGCGCUUGACGAAGAAGGACGGCGACGUCGAGGGCACGGACACUCCCCCGGUGCGAGCGCCAGGAGUAUCCAGCGCCGAGGACGCCCGCACCUUGCCUGUGCUGCGCGACAGCGCGGGACGGCGCUUCAGGGACAUGAAGAAUGUGGCGAACAGUUCGGAGAUGUGUGCCUUCGACGACUGGGUGCUGGAGGGGCCGCGUACGGCAUUGUACCUGGUGAAGGAGAUAGCUAAGCAGGCGGCGGGUCCCCUCCAGCGUCACUCGACCUGGAAGCACGAGAACAAGCUGCAGGAUGACGAGCACAAUGCGGUGACGCACGAGAUGCUUUCGGAUAUCCUUGAGCUGGCGACGACGUUCGACCAGCUCGACGUGUCGAGCUUGGCGAGCAUGGAGAGCCUGUGCCGCCACAUCCAGUGCAUCGAGCAGCGCGUCAAGAAGAAGCGGGAGGCCGGGAAGGACUUCGACCUGCAGGACUACUACCUGGGCAGGACGCGGCGCACCGGCGGCGCGCUGAUGGCCCCGGAGCUUCAGAAGUGGGUGGCCGAGUCGGCGGCCCGUGAUUCGUCCAUCUUGAAGGAGGAGAGGAAGGCCGCCGAGGUGACCUACAGCUCUCCUGAACAGCGCCGAGGUCCUCGCCGUGCUGCCCAACGUCUGGGCAGGAAGGCGGCCAUCGGCCGACGCUCGAACGACUGCAUCGCCGCCCUCAACAACCUGUAUGGGGACGGCUCGUUUUUGCCUGGAGGAAGACCCUCUCAGGCACAGUUCUCGGCGCUUGACGGCAUCCUGCGCGCGGCCACCGAUGACAUGCCGCCGGGCCCGUUGCCCGCCCCCGAGGCAGCCCUUCAGGAGUUGCUCGGUACCGAGGCCCUCGACUACGCGUCUGAGGACCUCUCCGUGGUUGCACCGUAUGAUCGCGGCUUGGUCUCGUGGUCGGACACCGCAGGCUCGGUGGACUUGCUGGGCGUGUUGCCAGACCCUGACCGCCAGGAGGUGAUCGACGGUCCCCGUGCGCUUUUGCUUCGGGCUGAGGAGGAGCCGCCAGCGACCUGCAAGGUCUACUGGGACAAGACGCUCAAGGCGGACAGAGGCGAGUACGUCAGGUUCGUACAGGACCUGCUGAACAGGGUCAUGGUGGAGCUCCGUACUCGCCGUGAUCUUGAGGUUGGGAUAUUCUUCGUGCGCAAGAAGUCAGGCAAGUUGCGCCUGAUAGUGGACGCCAGGUCCGUCAAUCAGAACCUCAGGCGGCCCACUUCAAUCCAGCUGGCGUCGACCGCGGCGAUGGUCGGGCUGGAAGCGGAGCCUGGGGACAUGCUAGAGUUCUCGAUUCAGGACAUUGCUGAUUGCUUCUACCAGUUCAAAGUGCCGGACUACAUGGUGCAGUGGUUCGGGAUGAAGCCCGUCAGGGCUGGCGAGGUGGGGGCCAAGACCGUGCAGGGCGAGCCGGUCCUUGCAGGCGCCUGGGUCUACCCCUGUCUGCGGGUGCUGCCCAUGGGCUUCUCGUGGGCCAUGAGAUGGACGCAGCAGGCUCAUCGAGAGCUGCUGCGCCGGGCAGGGCUUGGGGGCAUCGAGAGCGAGCUGGUGGGCCGCCAGGUGCCCCCGUCGGCCUCGGCAGCGCCUGUCCCCCGCAUCGUUUACGUGGAUAACGAGGUCUUCGUCUCGUCUCGCCCAGGUGCCUCUGCCGACGCCAGGCGACUGGCGGCCAAGAAGAUGUCCAACAUCGGGCUGCCGCUGCGUGAGGUGGAGGAGGGCAAGCAUGUUGUCGAAGCGCUGGGCCUGGAGCUGGACGGCAUCAAGCUUCGGUGCCGCCUGGCCUCCUCCAAGCGGUGGCGGCUGGUGCAAGGCACGCGUGCGCUUUUGAGGCGGCGGCUAGUGGCCGGCAGGGAGGUCGAGAAGCUGAUCGGCCACUUCACGCAUGCCAUGUUGCUGAACCGCCCAACGCUUUGUAUCUUCCGCUCCGCCUACAACUACGCUCGGAAGCACUACCGGGCGCCUAGCUUGCUCUGGCCUUCAGUGAGGCAGGAGCUGCAGAAUGCCAUGCACAUCAUGCCGCUGCUCGCGGUGCAAUUCGAUAUGCCGUGGUCAGGGUUGAUCACCUGCUCCGACGCUACGCUGAGGGGCUACGCCGUGCAGGAGGCUGACUUCCCCGUGUCUGAGGUCAGGCAGGUGGGGCGCUGGAGUGAACGCUGGCGCUUCAAGGUCGAGGGGGCCGGCCGGCCUCGGGAGCGGGCGUUGGGCGGGUCUCUGCCGCUCGAUGGACUCGAUGCUUUCGCUGAGAAUGGAGAUCACUACGACGACGACAUUGCCAUUAGCAUCAAUCAUCAAUUCCCUGAGCUACCAGCAUCGUUCACCAAGGAGGAGUGGGCCGCCCUUUCUCUGGCCACCUCGCCUCGCACCUGUGUGAGAUGGAUUGCGAGCGAGCUGAACCCCAGCGAUGGGCCCAGCCGAUGGUUCGACACGCCAGCUGAGAAGGCGGCUGCAGCUGCGCUGGGAGCCCACCGGCGUGAGGCUCGCGGAGAGGUGCCUGAGGCGUGUAGCAGCGCCUCCCGCGCUGGCUGGUGCAGGCGCGCCUGGCUCCCCCCCGCCGCCGGCGAGCCGGCUCCCGAGAGACAGCUGCAGCGUCGGAGCGGCCCGGUGCCCAGCGCGGUCGUCGGGCCAUGGCAGAGUGGCGGCGGCCCAGGUUACCUCGACAAGGCGGCUGCGCGGCUCAUCGACGAGGUCUCGCCGAUCCCCUGCGAGGAGAGCGCAACGGCGAAGACCAAGGAGGACUACGAGCGGAGGCUGGAGCGGUUCUUCGGCUUCUGCAGCACCAACGGCCUGGCGCUCGACACCGACCUGCUGCUCGAGGAGGCCCUGGUGGAGUACAUGGACCUCCUGUUCGCGCAGGGGGGGCCCUGCAACAGCGGGGCCAAGCUGCUGGCGGCGGUGGGCCAUCGCUGGCCAAGGCUCCAUCGUGCCGGGCGGUUGCUGAAGCUGCCGAGGGUGGCGAAGGCGCGGCAGGGCUGGCGACGUCUGGUGCCGCCCGUGACGCGGGCGCCCGUGCCGUGGGCCGCCGUGGCGGCCGUCGCGCUGGCCCUGGUCGGGUGCAAGCAGCCACUGGCGGCUCUGGCAGUGGUGCUGGCGGCAGACGCCUACCUUCGGCCAGGCGAGCUGCUGUCGCUCCGGGCCAACCAUGUGGUCCCAGCCCAGGCGACGGCCGGGGGCGACUACCGCUUCGCGUCGCUGGUGCUGAGGCCAGAGGAGGAGCUGCAGCCGACCAAGACGAGAGGCUUCAACGACUCGAUCCUUCUGGACAGCGUGUCGAGGCCCUACCUGGGCGUGCUGGUGGAGCGGCUGGCGAAGCAGAAGGGCUUCUCGGCGGAGCUCCUCUUUCCGUGGUCGGCCGCGGCUUUCACUGCCAUGUUCAAGCGUGCCGCGGCCGACGUCGGCCUGGAGGCUUGGGAACUCACGCCGUGCAUCCUCAGACAUGCAGGCCCGUCACACGACUGCCUGGCCAAGGCUCGGUCCCUGGGCGGCAUCAAACGGCGCGGAAGGUGGAUCUCCGACAUGAGUGUUCGGAGGUACGAGAAGAGCUCGCGGGUAAUGCGGCGCCUGGCGACACUGCCGCGAGAUUGCCAGCUGCUGUUGGCCGAGUCGGCCAACAACCUCGAGGCAGGGCUCAGGUUCGGGCACGUCGGCAGGUUCGAGAGCAGGCGCCAAGACGCAGGCCUCGUGUGA